CCCUUGACCCUCUGCACCCGAGAAGCCCCCCCAACUACCGUCACCCAUUUCCGGCCGGAAAUCCGGCUAAGCUUGGGGGUUUUCUCCUUCUUUUCUUGUUCUUGAACCUAGAAAUAUCCCCCUCCCUUCUGCAGAUUUUCGGAUCUGCUUUGUCCUUCUGCGAGUAGCUUUUGCUGAUGGAGUGCUUCCCGAUUUUCUGGUUUGUCGUGAGUUCCUCCAUUCCUCUCCCCAUCGGCUUCCUUCCCAGUCGGACCCGGUGCUACUCGCCGGAGUUUCUUGGUUUUGAUCGUUCUGUCAUCGUGGCACUUGGGUUAGCCUUUUGUUCUGUGCGAGUGAGGUAAGUAAAUUAUGGUAAAGCCCUUCGAUUUUAAAGCAUGUUUUCAAUUGUUUUUGAGAUGGUGGCAAGGUUUAAAUUAAUUUUAAAUUGAUUUUAUCAACAUCUGAGUGUGAUUAAAUUGAAAUGAAAAUUUGGAUGAUUUUCUUGAGAAUUUCCUUGUUUUUUUGAAAUUGAGCAUGAUUGGAAUGAAAAUGAGGAUUUUAUUGAUUUUCUGGAAAUGAGCAUGAUUGAGAAAUGAAAAUGGGAAUUUUAUUGUUUUUCUGGAGUUGAACAUGCCUAUUUGGGCAUUGACUGAACUGUUUUGAUGAACUGAGAAUUUUGUAAAUGUUGAGUUUUCUGUUAAAUUCAUGCCCGCAUGGAAAUUUUUCGGUUUGUUCUGAAAUUCGGGAUUGAUUGUGAAAUUCGGGUAUUUCUGUAAAUCUUGCAUGGAUUUGUCUCGGAUAUAGUCAUGAUUACUGACGCCCGCUAGUGGGAGUUGUAAACGCUAGCACAUGUCGACAUGUAUUUCUGUGGAACCGGUUCACCCUGCCUAUGGGGUUAAACACUGGCACUAUUACUGAUGCCUGCUAGUGGGAGUUGUAAACACUGGCACUAUUACUGACGCCUGCCAGUGGGAGUUGUAAACACUGGCACUAUUACUGACGCCUGCCAGUGGGAGUUGUAAACACUGGCACUAUUACUGACGCCUGUCAGUGGGAGUUUGUAAACACUGGUACCAUUACUGACGCCUGCCAGUGGGAGUGUGUUAAACACUGGCCAUGACUUAUGGAUGAGACUACUGAACUGAGUUUUAUUCUGCAUGAACGGUUUGUCAUGAAUACUUUCCAAUUGAACUGAAUCUUAUUUUGUCACUGAGCGUUUUGGUUAUAUUAAACUGUUUAUCUGGCAUGCUUAAAAGUUUUAC